AUGCCAGUGCCGGAUGCCUCCAAGAGUGGCAGAGUCAAGGUGUCCACGGCGACCAGAGCGCUGAACCCCCGGGACUUCGUGCGCAUCCAGCCUUUGCCUGCCCUGGAGCAGAGAGAGGGGAAGGUCCUAGCCCGAAGCCAAGUGGUUUAUAAGAGCAGCGAACCCUCACGAGAAGAGGCUUUCUGGGCCAACUACCGCCGCCGGCAGCAGCAGCUCGCCCAGGGACACUUCACUGGCAGUGGGAAACCCUACCAGGAGCUCGGUGAGAUCCUCUACACCGACCCCAAGAAACUCACCCUCCACACUCUGGGGCAGCUCUUGCCGGAACCAGUGAAAAGAGAUGUGCAAGAAGGAUCACCAGAAGAAGAGGAUGAAGUUACUACUAAGAAAUUAUUUUUGAAUCUGUGGUCUCGUCCACCAGAAUCGAUGAAGAUGCUCACCCCGUUCAGACAGACAGGAAGGGAACUGAAGACUCUUAGUAAAGCUCUUGCUCACUCAAGGCGUCAUAUCACUGCAGUGAAGCAAGGGAGAGGAUAUUUUCAUAUGCUUCACCAAGAAUCUCUGGAGAGGAAAAAGGCAUUGAGAGCAGAACAACAGGCUCAGGACAUGAGAUGGAGAACGACAUGUCAGCCACCCAGAUAUUCAUCUGAUGAGGAGUCUGAGGAAGAGAUAAGUAUGUAAGUCAACUCAGAGGGGGCAAAGAUAGUGAAAAGAAGGAGAAGAAAGAGGAUGACUUUACGGUCUUUCACUCCUGUUUAUACCAGUGUCUUGAUUCCAAACGCCACUGGAGCAAAAAGUGAACAUCUUUUCCGGCAGCUGUGUGCCAUACACUGGCUUUUGGAAGCUUUGACUCUCGAAUCCAGCACUUCUAUGCAUUCCAUAUUAGCCUGCUGGAAUCCAACGGACCCUGGUGGCUCUAAAAAAACAUUAGAAGAAAUUGAAGAGGAAAAGUUAACAGCAUACAUGUGGGAGCUCUUUAUUACAGACACAAAGAAAUUCACCCGGAAAGCACGGCACAGUCCACUUGGCAAGAAGAUAUACAAGACGGUCUCUACUCUAGGCAUCUCUCAGCUUAGUAGUCAGUCAUCUCCCCACACUCAAACUCCUCCUGACAGCACACCACCUCUUGUCUUCUGCUCUGAAGACAAUGUCAACACGAAUAUAACUUCAUCUGAUGUUGCAAGUGAAUCAGCACAAACUAAAGAAGAAGAAGAAGCUCUUUGCCCUGCCCUACAGAGGUUGAUCCAGAUAACACAUGAAGAGGUGUCAAAAGAUUUUUAUAAAGAAGAAGAUAGAAUUAAGAAGACUGAACUGCAAGGCUGCCGUAUCAGCUCUUUUAUUAAAAGUAAAUCGAAUUUGUGUGCUGAUGUGAGGCAAAAGUUCACAGCAGUGCGUGAAGAAGCAGCUUCUGGUUUACAUGACACCCUAGAGAGCCUUGAGAGGAGACAGGAGGAGAGGUGUUAUCAAAAGUACCAGGCUUUGAAGCAUAUGAAGUAUUUUAAGAGGGACUUAGAAAGAAUGAGACGGUUGGGAAUGAGAACUGAAAGAGAACACGAUGAAGAUGAGCUCAAAUGGUUUCCUGUGUUGCUGGCCAGACUCCCAGAGUCUGUGAAGAAUGACCACUACGUACAGAAAAUCCUGAAGAAACUGGAAAAAUUUGGCAAGAAUUCUGACUUGAGAAUUCGUCCUGACACGUUCGUAAAGGCCCUGGCUGAUCUCCAGGUGUGGGAACUGUGCUCUCCAGAAAUAGCUGCAGCUGUGGAGUUUGUGCGUGAGAGUGUUGUGCAGAUGCCGGAAGAGGAGUUCAGCGAGUGGUUUCAGAGCAGAGUGGCCCCUCUCCGUGCACAGUCGUCCACGUUAUCACCAAAGGCCAGGUGA